AUGUCGGAGAAGUUGCUCAUCAUCGACACGGACUGCGGCAUCGAUGAUGCCCAGGCCAUCCUGUUGGCCCUGGCGGCGCCUCACGCUCGCGUCCUGGCGGUCACCUGCGUGUUCGGGAACGCGUCCCUGGAUGACGUCUGCCAAAAUGUGAUUAAAGUGAUCGCCGUGGGACAAAGGGAACAGAUCCCUGUGUUCCGUGGCUCGGUGGGGCCCCUAGUCGGGACGGCCAACGACACCCCCUGCGACCACUUCGGCAUAGACGGCCUCGGGGACGUUUUAGAGGACAGGGACCCACGGUGGGAGAAGAAAAUCCAGAGGGAACACGCUGUGAGUGCUAUGUUGCGCCUGGUGGCGGAGAACCCCAAGCAGGUAAGUCUAGUGGCCUUGGGGCCCCUCACCAACCUGGCGCUGGCUGUCAAGAUGAACCCAAGCUUCCCUGGAAUGCUCAAGGAACUUUAUAUCAUGGGAGGCAAUAUGGAAGGGAAAGGCAACUUAACUCCGAGUGCAGAGUUCAACUUUGCCAUGGAUCCUGAAGCAGCUUAUGUGGUUCUGGAGGAGUUUCUGUGCCCAACCUACUUGACGUCGUGGGAAUAUGCCUGUAGAAAUGCGUUGUCUUGGGAAUUCUUCGAGGAGCUGACAAACCAAGACACAGUGGCGUCUCGCUUUAUGAAGGCCAUCACGUCGCGCUGCUGGGCGUAUUCCCGAGAAGCUCUGCGCAAGAAGCGCGACGUCUACUUCGGACCAGGCUUCGUCUCCUUUGACUCGUACGCCGUGGCGGCCUGCGUGGAUCCCAGUGUGGUGGCCGAGAGUGUGUGCUGUCCCGUGCGUGUGGAGCUGUGGGGCGCCAUGUGCCGCGGCAUGAUGGUCCUGGAUCGUGUUGGGAUCUUGAACAAGAAGCACACCAUUACAGUCUUUACUAAAUGCCACAAGGACAAGUUGGAGAAGCUGCUGAUCCAGUCGCUUACGGAGUCCGCGAGGAGCACUGAUAAUGGAAAAUGA